AUGACAACCCUAGAAUACCCUGACUUCCUUGAUGAUCAAUCUUUAACCUAUUACGACGAAGAUGUGCUGCAUGAUUUCGACGCUUGGUCUCACAGCCCCCAUUUCGAAGUGUCAAACAAUCUGAUCUGCGAUAAUUACCUCGACGACAUCAAGCAUACGUACAGGGAGCUCCACAAGUGCGUAGAUCAGGUGGUCGCAAAGUUUUCGAGCCGCAAGCCAAUGUGCCUGGACGAGAUUAGAGACCACAACCGCAAGGUGAUUGAGAAACUCACGACUUUAGAAAACACCAUUUUAGAGAGUGCCCAUACAGAGGACGCAAUUCCUGUCAUCCCAGGAUCUGCGUCUCAUCUAUACCCCUCUCCAACGGCAUCCGACUUGACACCGCCAGGUGGUCGACGGCGCCACAAGAGACGACGGGCUACAUCAUCUUCAUGCCCCAAAGCUGGAGAAUUAUUUCCAAGCGCGCAAAAUGGCGCUCGAACGGAGAGUGGCGCCCUUCAAGGAAGCCUUUCUUCACAUGAUAGGCUGAGAGGCAACCCUAAGCUCGCAGAGAAACUGCUGCAUAUUAGCAAUGAGGAAUCCGGAUUGAAAGUCACGAGAUUUGCCUCGCAGCUGAAUCUGAAUCCACCAGAGCCUGGUGUAAACACAGUGCAACUCCCCAAUGCCCAUCAAUUUUCCAGUUUGUCACAGAUCGCCGACGCCUCACACUUCAGAGGGCUGAUACUGAAUUUGGGUGUCGCCAUUGAGAAUAGCGGCUUCGGGGAGCAAUACUUCAGAAUCAGGAAGAGAAUCGCACUCGCGCACUUCUAUCAUACAUAUACGCUUGCCCAGGACAACCCAGAACUGUUUUUUGUAUGGUGUGAAGGCCAGCCCCAAUGGCUCGCGUCGAUGCUGCCCAAGGGCGGCAGCAGGUCUGCAGUUCAGCGACGGUUUGCUGACUUGAUCUUCGCGCAACCGGAAAAAUCGAGUCUUUAUCAUUCAAACCACUUACACCAUGUUGACGACGUAAAAAAGCGAGUCUCAAAGAUUCAGAUGUGGAGAAAGCUUGGCAAGAAAUGGGCGCAGGUUAUUCAGCGCUUUGGCUGUGGUAUACUUCUACUUUUACCCAGCAGUCUCACAGACGAAGAGUAG